AUGUCCUUCUUGAGGAAAUUGUUUGGAAGGGGCAAACAGCCAUCGCAAAGAGAAGUAGAGGCGCAAAAAAAAAUAAGCGAUUUGGACUCGGGAUACGUAUUUGUGAGCGGAUUGGAAUCCCUGAGUAAUGGCGGUGGAGAAAACCAGGAUAUAAUGGUGGCAAGUCGUUUGCCGCUGGCAGAAGAAGACCCAACAGAAGUGGACGUUUCUGCGUGGGAAAUGGCCCGCCAUUGGACCGCCAACACAAAAAAUCGGGCGCUUUCACAGGCAGCAGCAGCAACAGCAGCAGUGGUGACCCCUGCAAUAAACUCCAAAUCGCAGCGGCUGGCGCACCGGGUGGAAAACAUCCGCAAAAUGUCGCUUGCAAGCCGUACUACCCCGGGUGGCGUGAACGUUGACAAUCGCCGUACAAAAACUUGUGUGGUGGUGAACUACAUCGACCCUGCAAUGGACGAGGACACUGAAUACCUGUUUGACGACAAAUGGAAUCGCAAAAGUAAAGUGGAAUCGCGUCGUGACAGAAGCAACAGGCUCGGGACGUGA